AUGGUUGACAUUAUCUACACAAGCAGCAUGAGUACAGCUAUGGAGCCCCUCACUAUUACUCUGAUGGCUUUUGACCGACUUAUAGCCAUCUCAUACCCUUUAAGAUAUCACACUAUCUUAUCUAAUAGGAAUAUGUUUGUGCUCAUAGUAGGAAUAUGGAAAAUAGGACUGGUCAGAACAGCUUGUGUGGAUCCAAAAACAUAUUUUAAUAUUGCGUCAACCAUGCUGAACUGUCUGUUGUGGAUGAAUUUUUGCCUUAUUAUCGUAUCAUAUAUGAGGAUAGUUUAUGCAGUGGUGAAAAUGCCUUCUUCUACAGACAGGAAAAAAACAUUUAAUACCUGUAUUUCUCAUAUUAUAGUUGUAGCUUGCUUCUUUUUCUCAAAAAUGUCAUUACGCUAG